AUGAUCCCGAAGCCUCUGAACCUUCGCGUAGCAUUUUUCGGGUCAGACCACUUCAGUUUAGUAUCAUUGAAACGUCUCGUGCUGAUGCAUCAACAGUCUCCUGUAAUUUCGUCGAUUGAUGUGUUUACACGGUCAAUUAAACCGACUGGACGGAGCUUAAAGACGUAUGUUGAUGUUCCGAUUGGUGAUUUUGCGCAGAAGGCUGGCCUUCCGCUCUUUCGUGUGGACUCGGCGCAACAGAUUACGCAGUUCUGUGAUAGAAAGUACGAUGUGGCCGUGGCGGUUUCUUUUGGGAAACUCAUUCCGGGCUCGUUUCUCUCCUCGCUCCGCUAUGGUGGUCUCAAUGUCCAUCCGUCUCUACUUCCUAAAUUUAGUGGUUCUUCUCCCAUUCAGUAUGCCUUGAUGAAGGAUUGUAAAAGCACUGGUGUCACGGUGCAAACGUUGCAUCCUACAAAAUUCGAUCAUGGCGAUAUCCUUCGGCAGUCGUCCGCGAUCGAAAUCGGCCCUCAUGAACCAUUUUCCGAACUCAGAGAUAGGCUAGCGGUGGUCGGCGCAGAUCUCUUACAGAGUGUUCUUGAUAGCGGCGAUCUAGUACAUCCGUCUGUAAUUUCAUCGCCGGAAACCUAUUCGCUUGCUCCAAAAAUUCCGGCAAGUCUUUCAGAAAUAGACUGGACGACGAUGACGAGUAGGCAGAUUUGUCGUCUUGCAGACGCGCUUGGUCCUCUCUUCUCCUACAAAGCUGUUGAUAUUGUGAAAAAGAAGAAAUCGAUCGUUGAGCCGGCAAAGGUCAUUCUAGAUGAGUUCCUGGAAUUGGAGUCGUAUCAAGGUGAGCUGCCCCUCCACAACCCGGGCGACUUCUCUCUACUUGAGGACAAAUUUGUCGUGAAAACUGUCAAUUCUUUUGUCUCCAUUGGAAAAUUAAAGUAUCAAUGCUGUGGCUAUGAGGAUCCGAAAACAUUUAUGGUUCACCUCAAGCUGCGAGCAGGACCUACAAGUCACUCUUUUCAAGCUUCACCCAAAAUGCUGGCCCUUAGAACUGGCAAAUCUGGCCUGAAUUAA